AUGAACGACUUAGAUUCAGCCCAAGUCACCCUACCCCAGAUUGUGCGUCGCAAAACACGUUUUGUCUGUGUCUCCGACACGCAUGGCUACACACCCUCAGGAGCAGGGUUCAAGCUCCCAGCAGGCGAUGUACUGAUACAUGCGGGCGAUUUGACGAAUAAGGGUGGCUUGUCUGAAUUGCGCCGGACAAUGGAUUGGAUCUCUGAGACCGAUUUCGAGGUCAAGAUCGUUGUGGCUGGCAACCACGACAUCACACUAGAUCCGGCGUUUUACUCGGAACAUGGAUCCGCGUUCCAUGGCACCCAGCUCGUAGACGUGACGAAGUGCAUGGAGAUAUUUGCAGGUGCUUCCCCAUCGGUCGUGGUGCUUCAACAUGAAGCCACAGUAGUUCAUCUUAGUAGCCCAACCGGCCCCCAGACCUCGUUCAAGGUUUUUGGGUCUCCAUAUUCGCAAUUCGAGGGCAACUGGGCAUUUGGAUAUCCCAGUGAUAAGAUCAAGGAUGCAGAGUCACUAUGGAGUCAAAUUCCAGAAGAUGCAGAUAUUAUCGUGACGCAUACGCCACCACAAUCGCACUGCGACCGCAAGCCUACCGGUAUAAAUGUCGGAUGCGAGGUGCUUCGCCGGACCUUGAGCCGCAUCAGGCCGCCGUUAGCUGUUUGUGGUCAUGUACAUGAAGGACGAGGCUACGAGCGUGUUCGCUGGCCAGCCACGCUUCCAACAGCAGGGUUCGAGAACACCCAGGUCAAUGAUGCCGGUAAUAUCACACAGGGUCCCUUGCCUCCGCCGGGUAGCAAGAAACAGAGCCUAGUUGACCUCACUGGCAGGCGAGGGCCUCGCCUUGAUAACGAUGGCUUUUCAUGCAGGAGCCUAGCAGCCUCAACCAUGCUAGAGCAUGAUCAGGGCGAUAGCAGUGACUCGCCCAGGAUAUCGUACUUGGGUGGAUGCAACUUCGUGGAUGGCGCAAAAGGCCUUGAUAUCAGCUUAUCCAGCCUCAGAAGGGAGACUUGCAUCGUGAACGCCGCCAUAACUGCAACCAGCUGGCCGCAUCGGGGUGGCAAGCGGUUCAAUCCACCUAUCGUUGUGGAUCUAGAGCUGCCUGUCAGACAGGGCGAGCACGCAUCACGCUGCUAA